AUGCUCCAGGAGAAAAGCCUGUCUGAAACCGAGGAAGGGUUUCCAACAGCCCCCGCUCCCGGCCAUGCGGACACCUCCGCCGGCUCCCCCGUCCUCGGCGUAGCCGGGGGGAGCAGCACGCCGCUCAGCAGCCCGCAGCUCCCCGACCCCGAGCAGACAAUAGAAAAUAUCAAAGUCUAUCUACAUGAGAAGGAGCUAUGGAAGAAAUUUCAUGAAGCUGGCACGGAAAUGAUAAUAACCAAAGCAGGCAGGAGGAUGUUUCCCAGUUACAAGGUCAAGGUGACUGGGAUGAACCCCAAGACCAAGUACAUUUUACUGAUCGACAUCGUCCCGGCCGACGACCACCGCUACAAAUUCUGUGACAACAAAUGGAUGGUGGCUGGGAAGGCUGAGCCAGCCAUGCCCGGCCGGCUGUACGUGCACCCCGACUCCCCGGCCACAGGAGCCCACUGGAUGAGGCAGCUGGUGUCCUUCCAGAAGCUCAAACUCACCAACAACCACCUGGAUCCCUUUGGACACAUCAUCCUUAAUUCAAUGCACAAGUACCAGCCCCGGCUGCACAUCGUGAAGGCGGACGAGAACAACGCCUUCGGCUCCAAGAACACGGCUUUCUGCACCCACGUCUUCCCAGAGACCUCCUUCAUCUCUGUCACCUCCUACCAGAACCACAAGAUCACCCAGCUGAAGAUUGAAAACAACCCCUUCGCCAAGGGCUUCCGGGGCAGCGACGACAGCGACCUGCGCGUGGCGCGGCUCCAGAGCAAAGAAUAUCCAGUAAUUUCCAAAAGCAUCAUGAGGCAGAGGUUGGUGUCCAGUCACGGGCAGCUGUCAGCAAAGCCAGAUGUGAACCCCCUCCAUGGGAAUCACCAGACCCUUCAGCAUUAUCAGUAUGAGAAUGGUGCUCACAUGCAGUUUGCAGCUUCGGAUACUCAAGAUCUGCCACUCAACACCUUCACAGCACAGAGAGAUUCAGGGCUCUUCUACCAUUGUCUAAAGAGAAGAGAAAGCGCUCGGCACCUGGACCUGCCCUGCAAACGCUCCUACCUGGACGCCUCGUCCUCGGUGGGGGACGAUCACUAUUUCCGCUCGCCGCCGCCCUACGAGCAGCAGAUGCUGAGCCCGUCCUACUGCGGCGAGGUGGCCCCGAGGGACGCGUGCAUGUACUCUGGCUCCGGCGCCGACAUCGCCGCCGUCUCGGCCGUGGACGAGCUGCCGCCGCCGCCGCCCCCGCUGAGCUGCAACAUGUGGACUUCAGUGGCACCUUACACCAGCUACAGCGUGCAGACCAUGGACACCGUUCCCUACCAGCCCUUCCCCGCUCACUUCCCCGCCGGGCCCAUGAUGCCGCGGCUGCCCAUGGCGGGGCAGGGCUCGCAGGCGCCGGGGCCGGGCCCGUUCAGCGUUUACAACCAGCUGGGGCAGCCCGCGGGCCGGGAGCGCGGCCCCGCCGCCGCCUUCCCCCGGGAGCGGGGACACCCGGCCGUGUGCGAGAGGAAAGCGCCCUCCCCUCACCUGAACGCGGCCAACGAGUUCCUGUACUCGCAGGGCUUCUCGCUGUCCCGGGAGUCGUCGCUGCAGUACCAUUCAGGGAUGGAGAGCUGGGCUGACGGGUGAGCCGCCUCCCUGCUCCGGGACCGUGCGCUCGCUGUUGAUACCUGUGGGUACCCUGCACUUCGGUGAGACACGUGUGCAUCAACAGAGGGAUUCGUGUGCAUCUUCAGGCACACAGAGAAUUCCACCUCCUGUCUCAGUGGGCUGGAUUCAUCAGGCUCUUAGUGACUCCCAAAUAAAUUCAUUCCCGUGUCUUCAUCCAGUAGAAACCAUCUCCAUGACUAACGCGUGCCGUAGCUAGUCAUGUUCUCUUUGCUUGUAACGUUAAACAUCCGUGAGCAAAUUUUGGCUAUUUGGGGAAAACACGAGCUUCACUUUUACGGUCCUUGGCUGGUGAAGCCACAACCUCCCCAAGCUCCCAAAGGAAAAAGCCAUUUGCGGGUCGCGUAGCUCGAGGACUGCCCUGGGCUCCGUGGGGAUUCCCGUUCCUCCGUGGGGAUUCCCUUUCCUCUACAGGGAUUCCCGUUCCUCCGCAGGGAUUCCCGUUCCUCCGCGGGGAUUCCUGUUCCUCCGCACGGAGCGAGGGCGCAGCGCGGGCGCGGGGCCGGGGGAGCGCGGGGGAGCCGCGGGCGCGGAGCAGAGGCAGCGAUGCACGAACGGCAGCGAUGCAGAAACGGCAGCGAUGCACGAACGGCAGCGAUGCAGAAACGGCAGCGAUGCAGAAACGGCAGCGAUGCACGAACGGCAGCGAUGCACACAUGGCUCUUCUUGCCCCGCCAACAAGGAAGCGAGCAAGGGAAGAGUUAAGUCCGAGGCCAAACAGCAAAUUAAUUGCAGCGUUAGGAGCAGACCCAGUGUCUUCAGACUCCCGUCCCUUGAUUGAAUCACAUUUGCUUAUUGCAAUAUAUUUAUGAAGUUUAAGCUUGAAAGUCGCUAAUACUUUCCAGAACCGAUUUCUGUAUUUGCUGGUCCUUGAUUUCUUUCGUAUUCAGCUGAAACGUGCCUUUUGUGCUAUGUUCUUUUCUUUCGCAGCUAACUCAGACAGAAUUGUUUCCAGCCUAAAGGAGGCCCAGAGGAAUAUUUUCCUAGUGGUGGGGUGGGGAGGGAAGAGCCCCCAUGACCUGUCAGGCUUUACAGUGUACAAAUAUUUGUAGAACAGGUAAAAUCUGUAACCAGUGUAUUCAUUGCUCCUUUUGUUGCUGUGGAAGU